AUGCCGCCUCCUAACUCCGCAACUCACGGCACGCCGGCCUUGUCGCCGACAACGCCAGCUCCUGAAUCGUUGUCGCGACGGGUCUCAAGCUCCGAUCUCCCCGUCUUAAUCGAUGAAACCGAUAACGCACACGACGAGAAUGUAAACUUCCUUCGGUCUCGCUCCCUUUUGUACAAUCCAUUAUUACCAUCACUCAGUCGACAUCGUCGCCGCAACUACGCAACGUCCCCUUCGGAUCCUAUCGAGGACGAGGAGGACCGUAUGGACCUGGACGACCCCAGCAAUUUACGCCUCUCAGUCGAGAUCAACCGUCGUAUCCCUAUUGUCCGUCGCCAACGCGAAGAACCCAAUCCCACAAAUAUGCCCACUUAUGACGGUCGUCGAUUAACCUCCCGGACUUUCUACGGUUGGGCACCCGGGUCAGAUGAUGAGGACGAAGCCCAUCACCGUGGCGAGGAAUCAGAUGACGAUCAAAUCCAACCAUUCCUCCAUGCCGUGUCGGAUCGCAACACAUCAUCGAGUCGUCCCCGAAGACAUGAAUCAACGACUCACUCAGUAGCUAUGGACGUUGGGGAUAGACACCAGUCAUCAGAAGGGGUUAAUCGUUCUCAAAGAUCGAGCUCACCCAUCUCCACUAUGGAAGCACUGUUGCAGACAGCGAGGCGACAACCCAGGUUAGCUCGAACACGUACUCUCGAAAACUAUCUUUUGGAUAGAUGGAACCGACCCAUCGAUGAACCAGAAGAAACCGAACGACCAACAGGAGGAUCGGGCUCCUCUUCCUCCCGCGCGUACCGAUACCGGCCUACCAACCGAAACGAAUCACAUCGGAUGCUCACCCAUAGCGACUUGCGAGCUCGAGCUACCGCACACAGACAAAUACACUCUGGGGCUGCUGGGGAUUCGCUUUUGAAGGACACAAUAAACUACCUCGAUCGCUUGCGGUACUCCAACUCGGUACAAGAAAGCAUCAACUCAGCCCACGCGAAGGGGUUCCUUUCAACAGAGAACUUCUCCAGUGAUUUCAUCCUUGAUACAUACACCAUUGCCCCGCCACCGCCAUGUUCUUGGCUCCGGCCUGGGGUAAUCUUCUCGGGUUGCCAGAGAGCAGCGAAUGCGAGCUCUUCGGUCUUGCCACAGCGAAUACCAAGUCCCCAUGCUCCUAGUGAACCAGUAAUCGUCAACGGAAACGAUGGCCACAGUAACCCUCGAAUCAGUGUUUAUACCACCAGCGGACGUCGAUACAUGGCGAAUAAUACCCGGGACGAAAACUGGCCUGUCAAGGUCACCAUCCACAAUAUCGACUACGACGAGAUGACACUCUCUGGCACAAUGGAGGCCUACAACAUUCCCGAUAAGACUUCUCAAACUCACGAUGCCCAUAUUGUGACCUUCUUAGAAGGAGAAAUAAUUGACUUCAAUAAUCACACCCUCGAAACAAAAAACUUUAAAGCCGAUGCAGAUAUCGAUAGCACUUAUUGGCGAGAGUUACCACCGUUCAAGGAUUUAUCAGAUGCCGAGAUAGCCAGAAAUCUUGUCAGCCGGAAAUGGAUUACCGAGGAGCUGGCGAAAGGGUGGAUCUUGAUGCGAUGGAAGGGUAAGUUCCAUGCGAUGCGUCUCCUUUCUUUCUCCCCAUAUUCACGAUGUACUAACUUUUAUUAG